UGGGGGGUGUCCUGGCUGCGGACUAGCGAACGACGACGACGACGGCGGCGGGGUGAUGAUGCUGUGCGGGGCGCUGUGCCGGAGGAGCUCCAAGCUGGUGACAGCUUUGGGAUGCUUGGGGUCCAGGCCAAAGCACACCCUCCCUGACCUGCCUUAUGACUACGGCGCCCUAGAACCCCACAUUAAUGCCCAGAUCAUGCAACUUCACCACAGCAAACAUCACGCCGCUUACGUGAACAACUUGAACGUUACCGAGGAGAAGUACAAGGAAGCAUUGGCAAAGGGUGAUGUUACAACUCAAGUCGCUCUCCAGCCCGCCCUGAAGUUCAACGGUGGGGGUCAUAUCAACCACGCCAUUUUCUGGACCAACCUUAGUCCCAACGGUGGAGGAGAACCCAAAGGGGAGCUGCUGGAAGCCAUCAAGAGGGACUUCGGGUCCUUUGAGAAGUUCAAGGAGAAGCUGACGGCAACCUCGGUGGGGGUUCAGGGUUCGGGCUGGGGAUGGCUGGGCUUCAACCAGGAGCAAGGACGCCUCCAGGUUACUGCUUGUUCCAAUCAGGACCCGCUGCAAGGAACAACAGGUCUGGUUCCUCUGCUUGGAAUUGACGUGUGGGAGCACGCCUAUUAUCUUCAGUAUAAAAAUGUUCGGCCUGAUUACCUAAAAGCUAUCUGGAAUGUGAUUAACUGGGAGAACGUAACCGAAAGAUAUAAAGCUUGCAAAAAGUGAAGCGAUAUCUUUGUGUCAACUAUUGAAGACCACUAGCUCUCUUGUGAGGUUUAUUUUUGCAGUAGCGUUUGGCACUUUGAUUGUUAAUAAGAUGCUCUGUUGCAGAAACUGACUUCAAUAGUUCUAUUAAAAUGUUCACAAUCAAG